AGCGUAAAUUUUACCACUAAUAUUUUAUUAUUUUUUAGCUCGGCGGUGCCGCAGCCUCGCCCUCCAUCUUCAGUUUCUGCAAUCGUCGAAGCAAAAAAUUGCAAUAAACAUCCCUUUUAUCAUUCUGAUAUGAAGGUUAGGUCAUCAGUUAAGAAAAUGUGUGAGUUCUGUCGAACUGUUAAACGACGUGGUCGAGUGUAUGUGCUGUGCUCAGUUAAUCCCAAGCACAAGCAACGACAGGGCAUUUCCACAUUUGCAUAUGAAGCUCCAAGACCCCUGAUUUCUUCUGUGACAAGUAGCAAGCCGGAGGGUACACUUGGUAGCAGCGUUCACACAGGUCUGCCUUCUCUUAUAUCCAAGAAGACUGAGCCCUCUGUGACACCUUGGUGGAGAGUUGGUCUGGCUUCAAUUUUGCUAAAUCGUGCCACUAAGCAGUAGAAGAUUUGGCUGGAGAAUUUCAAACUUUCCAACGCAUGGGAGUAUAUGUUCGAAUUUUGUUGCUCUUGCAGCGCAGCUUGCUAAACUGUUUUGGUGAUAGAUAAUGUUAUUAGCCCAUCAAAAUUAUGUCAUCUGUGUUUUGUCUUCCCGAAACUCAACUACGUUGUAUCCAUGGCUGAAAGAAUUAAACGAGCAGAAUGGACAAAGGGCUUUUUUUGUUCUUGAAAAGGUUAGUCAAUAGUUUUCAAUAGCCGGCCCGGCUCUAAUAAUUGAUUUGAACCGGUUCGUUGA